AAUGAUUUAUUGAAAGAGCGGUCGUGUCGGCUCGUAACUCGCGCGCUUGCGAUAACGUUCACUUAAAUCGUAUUUAUUUAUAACAUCCAUUUGUGCGUGCGCGGCGGCUCGUAAAGCUGAUUAUUGUUGGCGAACAAUAAAACGGAAUGGAGCUCCCGACCCGUGCUGACAGCAUUCUGGUAAUGUGGAUGUGUGCCGCUGUUGGAGCAGUCCGGGCGUUGCCGAGUGACGGGCUCAACGUGACGUCACGGAGCACAGCCCCUGCCACCGGACUGGGAAUCGAUGUCCUCCGCAGAAGCCACCUGGUGGACGAAGCAUUCCACGAACAGAAAGAUGUUCUUCUGGAAAUGUUGGAGGCGAAGCUCAAAGAAGUACGAGAUAAAAAGAAGCAGACGUGUGAGCCAGCGUCGGGUGCGGGGGCGGCGGGGCUGGUGAUGAGGUCACGAGGAGUCGGCGCCGUCGGCAGCCUGGAGCUGGCGCUGCAGCCGGGGCCGCGCGGAAACGGCACCCUAGUGUUAGACUCGACGGGCAUUUCUAACGUGGGGCGCGCUCACGUGCAGCUGGAUAUCCAGGAAGGUUCUCUCAGGAUACCGGGACUUCAGAAUUUGUUCUCAGGCUGCCUGGCGAGUGAUUCUUGUAAUAGUAAAAAUGAAACAGGCAUAGAUCAAAUAACUGCACCACCUCCCAAGCUCGUGCGCCCACUUCGGGAGCAAGGGGAAAGAGAAGCACUAAAGUUUACCAAAGCAAAAUCAACUUCGAGUAAGGUGAAGGCAACCCAGAGCAGAAUGAAGUCGUCCCAGAGCAGGGUGAAGAGCAGCCCAACAGCGGCGCCCCCCGAGGAGGAAGCCCCCCCUGUUGAACCACUACCCGUGGCCGACGAUGAUUGAAGCAAUUCAAUUAAUAAAUUUACAUGUUAAGCUAG